CUGGCCACGCCCAUGGGGGCUCUCUGCUCCUACAGUACCUCCCCUCCCUCAGAGCUGAACCGCUAAUCUCGCUCCUCACUGUCCACGACCGCUAGCACAGAGACAUGACCAAUAACGCCAAGGUCCACGACAGCAGCCGGGAAAACUUAGUGGAUGUCCAGCCGGGAAGCCUUGGAGGGUGGGGUUUGCUUUUGGUCACCCUGUCCUUCUUCGUGACAAUCCUGACCUUCCCUGUCUCCAUAUUCAUGUGUAUAAAGAUAGUGCAGCAAUAUGAACGCGCGGUUGUAUUCAGACUGGGACGCCUAACCAGCAAUAAGCCCAGAGGACCAGGGAUCAUCUUCGUGCUGCCCUGCACCGACACCUUCGUCAAGGUGGACAUGCGAACCGUGUCCUUCGGCAUCCCCCACCAAGAGAUCCUGACCAAGGACUCGGUGACGGUGUCGGUGGACGGCGUGGUGUACUUCCGGGUCAGCUGCCCCAUCUCGUCGGUGGUGAACGUGUCCAGCGCCAGCUACUCCACCCACCUGCUGGCGCAGACCACCCUCCGGAACGUUCUGGGCACCAAGAACCUGUCGGAGCUGCUCUCAGACAGGGAAGGCAUGUCACGUAGCAUGCAGGUGUGUCUGGACGAGGCCACGAACCCCUGGGGCAUUAAGGUGGAGAGGGUGGAGAUCAAGGACGUGACCCUACCAAAGCAGCUCCAGAGGGCCAUGGCCGUGGAGGCGGAGGCUGUGAGGGAGGCCCGGGCUAAGGUAAUCGCGGCUGAAGGGGAGAUGAACGCGUCGCGUGCGUUGAAAGAGGCCUCGUCAGUGAUCGCGGAGGCUCCCUCGGCCCUGCAGCUGCGCUACCUGCAGACACUGGGCACCAUCGCGGGUGAGAACAACUCCACCAUCGUCUUCCCCCUGCCCCUCAACCUCCUGCAGCACUUCACCCGCGGGAACUGACACUGCAGGGAUCAGCCAAUCACAUCCCUCCCUUCUGUCACUCGUUUAAAAACGCACGUCGCCAUGACAACUAGAUACACGCGGUAAAGCCCACACCAGGCCAGAUAUAUAUAUAUAUUUCUCUAUAGCUAAUAUACCUACAGGUGAUAGGGGAGUAUAGGCCUAACAAUAUGAUAUGGCAAUACAUUGUUUUUUCCCUAAGAUAUCAUUUUAGGAAACACUGUACCAUAUUUCAAGUGUCCUCGAUCCCUUGCUAUUUAUACAUUAAAAAAAAUAUAUAUACAGUAUAUAUGUAAUAUGUAAAAAUGUAGAGAAAUAUACGUAAAAGGCAAAUUUGGUAAAUUCUCUGGAAUGAAUACAUUGAAAACAGAAAAAUGAAAAUGUGAACUGUUCCUGCUCAAUCAACAGCAAUAUGCUUUGCAAUGUAAAACAGAAAAUUGCAGAUUGCAGAUUGCAGAUCAUGGAAUAACCUUCAUUGAGAGUUAUACAUACUGUAUGAAGCAUAUGUAUUGUAAAUAAAAUUAUUAUUUUUACUUUU